CAGCACACAGCGCAGCGCACAGACGUUAUGCCGUCAAUUGGCAGCUAGCUAGCGAACACGGUCAGCAUCCAAUGGGGCGAGCGAGUUUCGUACAUGUACGUGCAUGCAUAUGAAGAACGACGACGCCGAAGUGCGAGCAAUCGCGUCGCCAGCAGACGUGUCGCAACUAGUUUCAUUUGAACUGUUGCCCGGUGAGCACACACAUUGAGCGUGACGUAGUGUCCGUCGGUAAUUCGAUAGUGUGUGUGCGUGUGUGUUGGUUGAUGUGCGCGUUUGAACGCGUUGAAAAAUGCGGAACCGCUUUGUGGAGUUUUUCAACUCAAACGAGAAAUAAUUGCAUGAAAAAUUAAACAAACGCAAAAAUAUAUUACAAUAACAACAAAUUUAUGCAAAACCUGCGUUUAGUGCGUGAAAAUCGUGAAAAAUAACUGCAAGUGUUGCCUACUUUUAGGCGUUGUAACAGCUGUAAAGUAAAAUUUGAAGCAAGUGAGUAGUGUAGUUGUGCAAAUAUCAAUAUAAAAUGAUUUCUUUCCGGCUGGCUGCUACAAACUACUGAAAGUACUAAAUUGAAAUCUCAGCAACAACAAUAAAAAAAAUAAAAGCAGAAAAACAACAAAAAGCAUCAAACCAAAAUCUGUUCGAGCAGGAAAAGUGCGCAAAUGGGAUUUUUACUAUCCGAGUGGAAAAGAAAGUGAGAAAAGUGCGUGAGUGAAUGCGGUGUAAUUGAAUUUGCUGCGACGUGUUUACGGUUUUAUGAAUGUGAAAUGAAAGUAAAAUAUUGAAACGUUAAAAGCGAAAGCGAAACCAAAAAAAAAAACAUAAAAAGAAAUCGAAAAAAAGAUUGCUGUAACUACAAUCUAACAACAUAGAACGUUAGAACAACAACAAAAAUUUCCAAAAAAUAAUGCCAGCAGUAAAACAGCAAGCUUCAAGCACGCAUUAAUAUAUAGCGACAGUUGUGUGCUGUAGGUAUUUUAUAUGGAUAAAUUCAUACUAAUAGCUGUUACUCAUACGCAGUGGCAUACACCACAACCAAGAGAGUGUAUAUUCAAGUGAGCAUAAAGUGUGUGUAUUUUUGCUAAAGAACACUGUGGUUGUUGGUUAGAUAGACAAAAUUCGUGUAGCAAUACAUACAUGCAAACAUAGGUACAUAUUAACUGACGAAUAUCUCUGAGGUGAAAAUUUAUUGGAGCAAAAUUUCAAAAAUCUCCAAAAAUUGUAUGCAGAAUUCCUUCAUACACAUAUUGUGCUACAAAAACAAAGAAAACAAACUGCCAGCUCACAGCAAAUAAUUCAAGCAAAAUAUGGUAAAAAGUGGAGGGGUGUGCGAAAUAACUGUAAAAGCAAGCAAACAGCGAAUUUUAAGAAUUCCAACGAAUAUUUCAUCAUCAACGCAAAACAUACCGAACAAUUAUCUAAAACAACAAGCGCAGCGUGAGCACAGCCGCGGUUGUUUGUUUAAUUCUUGAAUGCUGGAUAAACAUGAAAAUAUUGUUAUUCCUUUGUUUGUGGCGCGUGUAAAAAUUGCGGCGCAAAAAAGUGUGCUUUGAACUUUGCAUAAGUUCAGCAAGCGAAAUUUCGCAGCGCAACGAAAGUGAAGUGCCAGUGAAGGAUUACAAGUGAAAUAAACCAAAUAUUUUUUCGUAGAAAGUUCGACAAAAACGCAAAAAACAAAAUAAAAGUAAAAUAAAAAUAGCGCAUUGUAUGAAAGCAAACGCCAAAGUAUUGUUGUGCUAGUGGAAAUUGUUGUUAGUGUUGUACAGCUAACCUAACCUGAACCUCGCGGCGUUACAAUAGCAGCGCAAACACGCUGAAAUAGCAGAAAAUAAAUUACAUAAAGUAAAGUACUCACAAAAAUAAUAACUAAGUGUUAGUGCAACAAAAAUCGCGUUAAAUUCAAUACACUCUCGCGUGUGUUCUGUGUUCUGUGCGGAAAUGAAAAUAAUAGUCGCUGAACGCUGACGCAAAAAGCAUAUUUAAGAUUUCUCGCAUCCUUCAGUAAUACCAAAAGUGACUAAGAAUUUAGUGAAAAUAAAAUAAAAUAAUUUAUCUACGGAAACAGCUUUGAGAGUAAAGGUGGCGACAAACACUUUGGCGCGCGGAAAGGACUCACAGCACAGCAAACCGUUAUAUACAGCAGAGUGCCAGCCAGAGGUGCGUUCAAGUGUAACAAAUAUAACGGACCAGCGUCCAACGGCAAUGCCGGCAGCUGCGCGCAAAUACAUUUGCGUCACACAGAUGUUACAACAGCGCCACCUGAGCGAAUAAACAGGAAACGAGCGAAAGGAAAAAGAAAAAUUGUAAAUGGUGUGGCACAGUGCUGUGCUGCGUGUGAACGUGUGAAUGAGCGACUGAAUGGAGGAAAAAUUGCCAAUUCAGUUGCUCAAUAGCGAUCGCAAACAAUCGAAGUGAAACGUGUGCAACAACAACAACAGCAACAGCAACAAGAGGAGUAGUAGCAGUGGCAACUGUGCGUUGUUAAGUAAAGGGCGGCAUGUGGCAUGCUACACAAAAAAGGCAAGGUUAAAAUAGCGCACCAAACGCAUUUGCAACAGUGUGGCAGCACGGCUGACACUAACGAAAACAAAUGAAAUAAUAAAAUUUCCGCAACUCACAAAGCGGCACGCGCUCAAACAAGCCCCACAAAGUGGAGAACGAAUUUGACAACAACAACAACAAUAACAACAGUAAAAAAUUUAAAUGUCCAGCAAGCCAAACGCGAAGUGGCAACAAGAGAGUGAAGCGGGUACAAAGCUGGCGGCCAACGCAGACGAACUGAAUACAAAACAGCGAAAGAGUAUCAAGUGCCAGCGGCAAGCGGCGAGCGGCAGCUUAAAAGCAGCCACGCAUUGGCAGUGAUGUUGGAGGCGUUGCAAGGGCAGCAGCAGCAGCAGUGGCACCACAACUACUACUACUACAACGGCGACGACGACGACGACACACAGCGCACGCUACCCGAGUUGCAAGCAAAUUCCAUCAAUUCUCGUCAACGGCGCAAAGGUAUCAGCAGUCAGGCCAGCUGCCAACGGAUAGGCCGCCAACAACGACACAAUACGCCAGUUUAUGGCAAUACACAUGCCCCAGCAGCCAUAGAACGGCAAAUAAAGAAACAGAACCAACAACAAAAGCAACAAGAAAGGCAAAAAAGACGAGGCAAACGACGACAGCAGCUUGAACGGCACACAGUUGCCAAUAGGCGAAUUCGGUGCGGCACAGCCGUUUCGCAUGACAAACGACAGCAGCAGCAACAUCAACAACAACGGCAAAAGCAUUGCAUUGACGCACUGCAUGUUGCCACAUUAGUUUGCUGAUAUCGCAAGCAAACGCUGGUGUACUAUUUCCGGUCGAGCGCCGACAAGGACACACGUCCCGUCAACAACGGCAGGCAAAUAUACCUGCGCUAAGGUUACUCAUACGCACCGGCGUACAGCAGAGCGCAGCGGACGAGCAGCCGCUCUUGGUUGUGACAUAUCCUUCCUCUUUUUCUUGCUGCAUUUUUCGCCGUUGUGCUUCUUGCAACUUCCGUCAACUGCUGUGUCGGCAACGCAUUUAAAUCGCCGACUUGCCGCACAUCCACACCCACACGCCCACAAUAUCGCCAGUUUCCAGCAGCAGGGUGUGCAAGGCGAGUGCGGGUUGUUGCCAUUAACAGCAGCUAUAUCGGUAAAAUAUAUGCAACAGCAACAACAAUAAGCGCUAAGGUGUAGUACCACAAUAACAACAACAGCAGUUACAAUAACUUUGAGCGAUAGUCAUUCGAUUGAAACGCACAGCAAGGCAAUCCCAGCAAAUAUGAGCAGAAAUUGUAUUGCAAUUUGCUUGUCAGUUUCCCUUGCGCUCAACAUUCUACUAAUGUUGUUGCCACAUGCAGCCGGCGAUGAUUGGUCGGCGAGUUGUGCCUCCAACUGUACCUGUAAGUGGACCAAUGGCAAGAAGUCAGCCAUCUGCAGCUCGUUGCAACUCACCACCAUACCAACAACGCUGAGCACCGAACUACAAGUGCUCGUACUCAACGACAACCACAUACCCUAUCUGAAUCGAGAGGAAUUCACCAAUUUGGGUCUGCUGAAUCUGCAACGCAUCUACCUGAAAAAGUCCGAGGUACAGUAUGUACACAAAGAGACAUUUCGCAAUUUGAAAAUCUUGGUGGAGAUCGAUCUGUCCGACAACAAAAUUGAGAUGAUCGACAAAGACACAUUUAUGGGCAACGAUCGCCUGCGUAUACUCUAUCUAAAUGGCAAUCCGCUGAAGAAGCUGGUGGCCUAUCAGUUUCCCAUACUGCCGCAUUUGCGUACAUUGGAUCUGCAUAACUGUCUGAUUUCAUAUGUAGAUCCUAUGGCCUUGGCGAACCUAAAUCUCUUGGAGUUUCUCUAUUUGAAGAAUAAUCUGCUCGAGAGCCUCAGUGAAUACGUCUUCCAACAUAUGACUAAUCUGAAGACACUCGUCUUGGAUGAGAAUCCAUGGCAGUGUAACUGCAAGCUACGCAAAUUUCGCAACUGGUAUGUGAAGAGCAAAUUGAACAGCAUCAGUCUGCUGUGUAAGGGACCGCCGGCGCAAAAAGAUAAGCAGUGGGAGAAUGUGGAUGAAGAGCAAUUCGGCUGCAUGCCAAAAGUGGAGCUCUUCAACAAUGAGGAUGUCCAGAAUAUAGACAUAGGAAGCAAUACAACGUUCAGCUGCCUGGUAUAUGGUGAUCCAUUGCCCGAAGUCACCUGGGAGCUGAAUGGUAAAAUCUUGGAUAAUGACAAUGUGAUCUUCGACGCAGAGUCGAUCUCGUCGGACAAACUGUGGAGUAAUUUGACUGUCUUCAAUAUGACCAGCUUGGAUGCAGGCACAUACGCGUGUAUUGGUGCGAAUGUGGUGGGCGUGGCAACACAAAAUAUCAGCAUAUAUCUGACGGAAAUUGUGCAGCAUGUGUUGGUCAAGACACCGGAGACCUUCUGGUACUUCGGCUUGAUUAUGGGCACAUUCGGAACGAUCUUUCUGCUCAUACUCUUCUCGUUUGUGGUGUGUCUGUGCAAGCGCACUUCGCGACAGCGACGCCAUCCGAAGAAAUCUGGCGUAAAACCGAGCGUCAGCUUCAACGAUCAAGAGAAGAAGUUGCUCGAUUUGAGUAUAACAACAACCACAGCGGACCGCGGCGACAGCUGUAUCAUGGACAACAAUACGACGACAACAAUGAGUAAAACAGAAUCGGUGAUCGGCUUCGAGCCAAUCGAAAUACAUGCCACGGAAAAUAUGCGCGCCAACCACAAUCAUCACCAGCUAACGCAUCAACAGGCGCACCAACAACAGCUACAACAUCAUCACGCGCAUAUGGCGGGCGCGGCGGGCGGUGGCAGCGGUGGUGCUACACCAAACUCCAUGAUGGCGCCGAAUCGCCAGCAAUUGAUGGCGGUGGCCGACGGUUCUUGCAGCGUAGUUGGCAUACCAACCUCAAUGGCAUCGGGUGUCGGUGGCUCGACGCAUCCGAGUACCAUACCCGAAGAGUUCCCGCUGAAUGUGGGCGUCUUUCCGCCACCGCCAGAGUUUUGCUCCAACAUUGUGCCCAAUCCCGCGUAUGGUAAUAUCUUUAUCAGCGUCUCGGUGACGCAGGAUAUGCUGGACGGCGCGGAUAUCAGCAUGUAUCCCGAUCUCUUGAAUAUUCCAAAGCGUCAACUGAAUGCCGACGGCAACACUGUGCAGACCGGCGUUAGCGUGACUAGCGGUCCGGUUGGUGGUAAUACGAAUGCAACAACAACCACAAUGUUGCCUUCGGGUACAACAACGGCCGUGAAUGUGUCGUCAUUUGCGACGCUGCCGCGCAAUCAUCAACGCCGCGGCAUACUUAAGAAGGACUCAUCGCUGCAGCAUCAACAUUCACUGCAACAACAGCAGCAACAAACGAAUUUGUAUCCACACGAUGAAAUCGUCUCGUAUCACAAUCUGGACACUACCUACAGUCAAGGCUAUCAGGAGCAUCAGCAGCAACAACAACAACAGCAGCAACGCCAAGCAUAUGCCGCCAAUAUAGUUGGCUUGCCGCCGCCACCACCACCACCUGCCACAGCGAACCUAUCAACACAGUGCCAUCACAACCAGGCAGCGGCGGCGGCGGUGGCGGCUGCCAUCAACACCAAAGCCUGCGCGGCCUGCAUAGGCACGCUCUCACCACCACCGCCUUCCUGCAGCACACCGCCCACCACCAUGGAUGCCACGCCGCUGCGACCGCUUUGCAAAGGCGGCGCCGGCGGUACAGCAGCGUCCGGCAAUGCGGGCUUAAAGUACGACAACAUGGGCCGACGCAUAACGGCUAGCGGUAAUUCGACGCUCUCGUUGCCUGACGAGGCGGACGAGGAAUGCUUGGAGGAUGAGACACGCUUCAUGGAGGAAGCGUGCAGUAUAAAGCAGGGACAACAACAACAAGACUGUCAACAACAAAAACCGACUGCGGCGAAUGCGACCACAGCGAGCGGUAAUUCGAAGUUGGUGGAUGCGGGUGGCGGUGCGGAGUAUGUGUCGCUGUAGUAUUACGGCACGCAGGUGUAAAUUAGGAGGCGUUGUAACAUACACACUUAUACAUGGGUACAUCUUUACGGUUAGCGAGAACAAGAGAGUGCUAGUAAGUACGUUUGCAUAGCCUAGUUAUUAGUAAGCAACAAAUUCAUCUAAUAUUAUUAUCUAACACAUAAGCAGUUGUAAGUUAUUAUCGGGUCUCAUAUGCUAGUAACUAGUUCUCAUUUUUCAACUUCAUCUUCGUAAAUUAGGGCAUACAUAAAACAUAACUGUUCUAGUAUUUAGUAUAACAAACAGCUUAAAAGAACAGUUGCAAUUCGUUUAGAGGUAGAAAGGUAAUUUCAAAUAUUUUUCAUAAUAAUUUAGAGCAUAUGCUGCUGACAGAUCAGAGCUCUUAAGCUUACAGGUUAACCGGAACUGGGAUCUCACUUAGUCAGCUUAGAACGCCAAUCCAUUAGUUACCUAAAAUUCUUAUAACGGGUGAUUUUUUUGAGGUUAGGAUUUUCAUGCAUUAGUAUUUGACAGAUCACGUGGGAUUUCAGACAUGGUGUCAAAGAGAAAGAUGCUCAGUAUGCUUUGACAUUUCAUCAUGAAUAGACUUACUAACGAGCAACGCUUGCAAAUCAUU